GCGUGUGUAUGUGUGUAUGUUUUAUUUACCUACUUUUUCUUUCACAUUUUCUGUGAAUUUAUUAUGAAUUUACUUUGUUAAACUGAACAAUACUUAUACUGAACAUAAUGUCUGUAACCCCUAGUAAAGCCGCACUUAGUUUAAUUAAUAAUUUCAAGCCAAGUAAAGAACUUACAACUCCAAACAAAGAUGCUAAUUGUAUGCAGCGAACAGUUUAUAAACACGUCGAAGCUCUCCACCAGUUAUUAGUUGAAUGGAUAACAAAACGCAACAGUACUACCUUGCCCUGCAAAACGAUCACAAAGUUGAAGAGUCCGAAGAAUGUUACUGAAGAUUGUGAUUACGACGAGUAUCCACCAGAGCUAGAACCAAGAACUACAGCUCUUGUGUGUGCUCUAGAUUUCUUUACAGGAGUUGUUGAACGAAUGGAGAAGACCACAAAACAGUUGAAAGCGUCACUGAAGUUGUUUCCGAGUGACUCACCUGUGACUUGCUCCUGGCUACCCCACAUGAUUGAAGAUGAAGCCAACCGAAUGUUAGAAUGUUUGCAAAAGGAAUUACAAAUCAAACAAAUUGUUACUGGUAUGUAA